UAUUUAAGUUAAUCUAUUUAGUAUAUAACAUUUCUAAAAAAUCUUAUAAAUUAUAUAUAUAUAUAUUAAUAAAUAAAUUUUAACUGUAAAUUUAAAUUUUAUUUUUACUUAUAACAAAAUAUGUUAAAAAACCUAACAAAAUCUUAAUAAAAUUUUAAAAUAUUUUUAAAUUAAUGCAGCGAUUGAUUUCAUAAUUAAUAAUAUAUUAUUAUUAUAAUGUAUUUACUAAUAAAAUCUCACAAUAUACUAAUAUAAAUAACAUAUAAAUAUAAAUUAUGCUAAAAAAUAUCAGUUUUAGUAUAACUAAAUAAAAUUUUAAAAUGUAUUGUAUUCAGUCUGUAAAAAUUAGAAAAAAUGAAGCAGAUUCUCAAUUUUUUAUUUCAUACUAUGAAUUUAUUUUACCAAACUCGAAAAUAUAUCAAUAUAUAAUAAAAACUAAUAAUAAAGUAAAAUAUAUAAAAAAAAUCAGUAUACAUUAAUAAUAUCGAAUAAGAAACAUAACAAAUAACAUUAUAGAUUUACACAAUAUAUAACACUAAAAUGUAAAUAUCUUUUAAAGUUUUGCGAUGGUAUCCGUUAUAUAUUUAUAAAAUAAAAAUCUAUCCGCGCGGAUGUGCGGGUAAAAAAUCUAGUUUUCUAUUAUUAAAUGAAUCUAACUGUACUUUUAUUAUUAAAGACCUAAUAUUGUAAUAACCUCGUUAUAUUAAUUGAUGAGAAACAAUAUGCAGUCGUGAUUAAAAAAAAAAAAAGAGAAACAAUCUGCAGUAUUAGCUCUUGAUCCAGUAUAAGUUAUUAGAACGUAUCAGUAAAAGAAGAGAAGGCAUCUUUAUUGGCAAGAAAAUAAGAGAACCUUGUUUAGAUGAUACUUUGGAAUUUAACGUAUACUACAAUCUUUCUUUUGGUGAAUAAUAAAAAAAGAAAGUCAUACCAUGAAAGUAGAAUGUACGUAGUUAAGUAGGGUGUUUGAAUGCGUUCAUUGAACAUAUAUAUCUAAAUAAUUCUUGGUUUUUGAAUUACUUUUUAAUAGUUCUAACCUAACCUUUUUCUAGAAUUUUGAAUAUAAUAACUGGUAGUACUUGAAAAUACAAAGCCAAAUCUCAAACAAGACUAAGGACUAAACUAAUACAAUGGUGGGAAAUAAUGAGCAGUGCUUGAAACAGAUCACUUAUGCUUUUACCGGCUUUAAAUUGUUUGAUACGGUGUAUGAAACUCUUGAGUUCUUGUUGAUUUUCAACUGCCAAUACAUCGAAAACUGACUGAUCAAUUUCAUUUAUCUUGUAUUCCCAUUUUGUUUCUCUUCUACCUCUUGAUUCACUUCACUACUACAAGUCUACAUCAGCUGCUUUUAAAAUUGGCUCUUUUACUAGGCAAUGACACUUUAGAACUUAUUGAGUCUCUUGCUUUGAUUGAGGAGCUGCAUUGUAAUUCAUAAAGAUAUCGACAACUGAAGGCAUUACUUAAGCACAAAAAUAAGCAAAACAAAUCUCAGUAAAAAGAAAAAAGCUUGCAUGCACCAAAAUUCAUCGCUUACCCGAUUAUUCUCUUUUGAGUUGUUUAUCUUUUUCCCCAAUUUUAUUUUCAUGUGUCCCUUUGUUUGAUUGUGAUUGUUUAGGUGCGUAUGUUACAUCACUUGAUGGAAAAAUUACAUCCUGAUAAGGAAACUAUGAGAAUUAGUUCUACAAGAUACUUCGUAAGACACAUUUUGAGAGCACAUAUAAGCUCUCGAGUCAUUCAAACACCAUUUGCUAGUGCAAAUUGCUAACACACCUCAAGAAAGGCUUACAAUAUAAUUUAGCUAAUUAUAUCUUUGUGCCUAAUUAUGUGUUACCAAUCAAACCAAGAGAGUCAUUGUGCCUAAUUAUUUCUUUUUGCUUGACAUUUAGCUAUACUACAUUUCAAGUAAGGCUUACAAUAUGAUUUAGACAAAUGAAAGAAAAUACCUCUUCAGAAACUAGACCUGUGUUUUUAUAUGGAGUUUUGGAAUUAGACAAAGUAUAAGUGAUACUGUUGUCCUCUUCAUGCAUUGCUUCUUGAUUUCUAAACAACAUUUAUUAGCAUAAUAAUCUAUAUUAUUUUAAAUUGUUCAGUUUUAUUAAAUUUUAGUUUAUAUAUCUCUUAUUGGUUCAUAUAUUGAUGAUUUAUAAUAAAUCUGAAACAAAUCAUUAUUUUUACGUUUUUAAAAUAAAAUUAUUAGAUCAAUUAUGAAAUAAAUUUUUUUCAAAAAAAUAAAAUUGUAAAAUAACUUUUUAAUUAUUUUUAUUUGGUUUAAAUGAUAAUUUUACUAACCAUUUAGGUUAAUAUGACAUUGUGUGGUUUACUUUUGCACUUCUAUUGAAACUAGAGAUUUUUUCCCGGGCUACGCCCGGGUUUUAGACAAAUAUAUUUACAUUUAAUAUAUAAAAUACAUAUACAUUUUGAAUUUAUAAGAAUAUUAAACUAAAAUUGUUGUUCUUAAAUAUAUAAAAUACAUAUACAAAUACAAAUUGUCCAUUGAAUUUUAAAUGAUUGAAAGAAAACUAAAAUUGUUGUUCUUUUAAUAUCAACAAUAUAUAUGGAACAGUGAAGGUGAAAAUGAAUAAAAUGUUAACAAAACUGUAGUUAUAAUUCAAAUUAUCAUUAUCUAUUUAUCUGGCGUAUUGGGAUUCUCAUGAAAAUAUGUUAUUAAUCUACUAAUCCAAACGUAUGCACACUCACCUCAUAGUUUCAAUAAAACAAUUCAAUAUGUAGUCACUCAUUUUUUCUUAAACAACACAUAGUCGCUCUUUAUACAUUUCUCUUUAUUUUCUAAUGGAUCACAACUUUGGUUUAAUAUGUGAAUCACUUUGUAAGAAGAGAUUAGUAAGUUAAAAUAUGAAUGGGAAAUAUAAAGUGUUCGUUACAAUUAAAAAACACACUAAUAACUUAUAUUUUAAUAAAGGUAUUGUGUGACACAACAAAACUACUCGAGUAUGAGUAGCUUAAUUUUUUUUUAAACUUAAAAUUUUUUCGAUCAGUCAUAUUAGAAGAUUUAAAGAUUAUAUGUUUACACUUUGUUUAUUGCUUACUUACUAAUAAAGGUUCUUUGCUUUCGAGAGAUGAAUAUAUGAUCAUUAAGCUACAAAUAACAAAAGGAAGACUAUACUCUAGCCAAGUAGCAUGCCACAAAAUUAAGGUGAACUUCCUCUCUUGCCCAAGACGGGAUAUUUGUUUUCUUGUAUUGUGAUGUGUGGUUUAUUUCCUUUUUCGUGCCGACAUUGUUUUGGCUUUCAACAUUGGUUUACUACUUUGGCUUUGAUUAGUCUUCAAUGACAUUAAGAACUCACACCACUAUAUGUGAUUAAAUGUAUUAUUACUGUUAACAUUCGUUUAACCUUGUAUAGAGAUGGUCACACAGAUAUGUCAAAACACAUGGCAAAUUUUAUGGCAAUGGGAAAGCCAAUACAAUUUCUUCCAAUAAUAUGUAAAGAUAACUCUUUAUCACUGUAUUUACUCAUAUUUCCAUAAUUGAGCUGAUUUCUUAAUUGAUGUGUGAACAUUAGUUCUAUGCCUCAUGAUCACAAUUAUGAACAACCAAAAUGUCGCCAAGGAUCACAAUCCGUAAGUUUUAACUAUACUUGUAAUUUACAGGAGGACAGAAAGGUUUCUGAUCAGCCUAUAAUAUCAAUGAUAAAGAGAUUUUGCUUGAAAUUCUUUUAAGAAUAUCCUGAACAUCCCUAAGGACGAUUGGUUUAGCUUUGUAUAUCUUAUUCCUCUGUAUUUGCGUUUUGUUUUUACUGACUCAACUGAUAAGGUUCUUUGGCUUCAAGAGCGCUGUUUUUCAGCUUCAAAGAGUAAAAGCUCCUGAAACUAUUUGCUACCCAAAAGAAUAAAAUGAUACAAUGUUUAAGGCGAUGUACCUUUCUCUGCUUUCUCUUACUUCAAACUGGAUAAGCCAGUCCUCUGGCUUGAUCAGCAGGUUGAGCCUGCCAACUAUUUCUGUUUUUGUAUCUUGUCACCAUCCAAAAGCAUAAUCUAAGACGCAACAUUAUCAAAGCUAUUUAAACACACAUAAAAUAAAUAGAACACAAACAUACUGCCAAACGCAAACUCAAACACACAGAAAACAACUCAAGCCACGCAUAACUACAUCAAACUUGAACACUACCUUACAUGUAUAAGAAUCUGGAAUGUACAUUAUUUGCUUCCUCAAUGAAGUGACCUCACGCGCGCUCAGGGAAGAAGCCCUAACUACCUCAACUCAAGCCACACAUAACUACUAUUGUAAAAAAACUUCACAUUCCACGAACUUGAACACUACCUUACCUAUCGAAAGAGCUAUCAUUGUUCCCAUUGAUAAGAAUCCGGUUAUAGAGAAGGCCUUGUUAAAACUAACACAUACUAUUGAAGUUUUGAUAAAUAGUCUGCGGCUGUGACUGCUAUCGACAUACAUUUCAUCUAUUGCUCUUGUCCCUGUAAAAACGUUUACAUACAGAAGUUAUACACAAAAAAAUUCUAAAACAGGACACUAAGAGAAUUUGAAAAUGGACAGUGAUAAAACCUAACAUUUCACCAGAUUAGCUCCAGCAUGGCCUUGCAUGACUCUACUCCGAUGAUAACGCGAAGCCAAUAGCUGGUCUUGAGGUUCAGAGCCAGUGGCAGUGAGAUAAAACAGUAUUCAAUGCCAUGUAGAACCAUAGCUCGAGCUGCCUUGGGAAACCAUUUGAUCCCAACAUAUAGCGGACUAAGACAUUGCACCAAUAGUUCUUCAGUUAUGAUUUCAUCAGGUUAUAAAUCAUACGAAAAGUACACAGGAAAUCUCGACUAACCUACCUACUUCAAUUUUUGCAAACAUUUCCUGAAAAACCUAUUGAUAACCACAGAGAAGUAUUGAAUAUGUUAACCAAAUAUCUUGAUUAAGUACGAAAAAUGUUUAAUUUGGAGAACUUCUACUCAAAACUACCUUAAAGCCAGUGCUACCAUGAUUAACCUGAAGUCAAUAAAGUAUCAGCAAAGGGAGGUCGAGCUCUUUCCAACUCCAAACUUGACUCACCUGGUCUUUCAGAAAGAUGCAACUUUCUAUAAAUCCUGAGGUCACUUCAUCAGCGUCAAUAAUAGAAGUUGAGUUGUAUGUACAUUAUUUGCUUCCUCAAGGAAGCUAACAUGUAUCACUACACUAAGCUCUUUUGCCAGCUUCUGCAUCAUGUAUUAGUAACCCAUAUCGAGCACAACUAUAUAAAAUAUACAUCUCUAAAUGGCAUCUCACUGUGUUGAUUAAAGCACAAACUUGACAGAAGUAAUAUACCUUAAACACUCUCAUGUAGUCAUGGAUGUUAAAGAAAAAAACAAAAAAGAUAGGGGAUACUUGUGUUCAUCUUGUAUGGUAAUCAUUUUGUAAUACUCAAAUAGUCAGGGGAAGACAAUAUAGAUCACUACAUAACAUGACUCUAAUUGACUCCAGAGACCCCAAAACAUCAAGUCAAUACUUAAGGCAAGUGAUGUCAAUGUAAAUGGAAACAUAGCAGAGAUACCACCUUCUGAGAAAACAAAAUCUGAGAAAUAUUUAAGAGCAAGAAUGACCUGAACAAAAACAAUGGGUGCUUCUUUUGCGUAUGCUUCUCUGACCAGAAACCAAAAUCCAGAAACAAAAGCUCAGCCUCAUUCUCUCUAUCGCUUGUCUUUCUCUCUCUAAUUGUCAAAAUGAGAAUGUUAUCUCAGCUCCAGGACGCUUUGCAACACUGAGUCUCAUCCUUUAUUCUACUAUAUUUCCCUUAAAAGAAAGCACAAUCAAAAUUGAUUCAGAAAAUAUUAAUUCCAAUCAAUCUUUGUUUCACAACCCUAAAAUCAGAUGAGAUUGUUUUUGGUUCACAAAAAUCAAAACAAUCAGGAAAGCGGUUGAUAACCUCGUGAUAAUUGAUAGUUCUGUAGAAUCGAUGUUGAGUUUGGGAUAGAGGCCUCUCUUCUUCACAGUAUGAGUAGAUUGAGAAGGUAUUUUUUGGAUUUAUAUUGCUACUUUCUCGGUAGAUGGAAGAGGGGAGAAGGUGAGGAGGUUUUUAUAUGUGUUUUUUUAAGUUGAAGAAAGUAGUAAAUGAGGACGAUAAUUGGAGAAGGUGGUGAAGCCAUGGAUUUGUAACGGAUCAGAAGUGCUUAAACGGCAAGAGACAAAACUUCAAAAGUGGUGAUAACGUCGAUUUACACGAAACGAUAAGGGAUAAUGUGACGUUCGAUCUUUAAGGUUAGAAGAAAUGUGGACUUGAUAUGGGCCACUUAGAUUUAUUAUCAGCCCACAAAUAUCCAUUUAGACUAAAGCAUGGAUGACAUGGCAGAAUAAAAAUUUCUCAUUGGUUGAUUUAAUUAAAUGACGUGGCAUAGCUAAUAGGGCUUCAUAUUCCCCUUUUAGUAUAGUAUAGAUUUUAGAUCAUUCGACAAAUCAUCUAAAAUUUUUGGGUAUUUAACGAUUCUCAAAAGUAAAACCCAAACUGUGACCUAGCACGUAAAGGAAUCAAACCCAAACUAAAUUCAAACUUCACCUGUUCCUAGAUGGAUGUAAAAUUUAUAUAUCCAAAAGACCAGAGAUUGUUUUUGUUUCCUACCCAAAAUCACAGUGGAAAAUAUUUGCCGACAAAAACGUAUAUUAUUUUUAAUUAUGGUCUAGCAAUACGUUGAAGUUUGAAUUAUUAUCUUCUUACUAACUAUUUAAAAAAAAAUGAAAUCUCCUGAUAUGAGAUCAAUGUCUGGUAACGUCUUUUCAAAAUAAAAUCCGAAAUUUUCUCACAAAUGAUUUGCAUAGAAUCUUACGCAUUUAAAACGAUUAGUAAAGCCAUUUAAUUCAUUUCAUCUAAUAAGGAAAUAAAUGUUAUAAACUUAGAAGGUAAAAUGCUCGUGUCUUUUGAAUAUCUACAACAAGAAAAUCUCUCUUCAAACGUAUAAUCUAUUUUCUCUCUCUCAAAGAACAUAAAACUUCAGAAAAACAACAACAAUGGCAGAAAACGACUUCUCACUUAAAGAGACAUGUCCGAAAAUCGGCGGUGGAAGAUCAACUCCCGGCGGCGAAAUGCAAACGUCAUCGUUCGACCUCGUGGAGCGAAUGACAUUUCUCUACAUCCGAGUCGUCAAGGCUCGAGCCUUACCUUCCAACGACUCAUUCAUCGAAGUCACCAUCGGAAGCUACAAAGGAAGAACGAAGAACAACACAAACCCUAACCCUAACCCUGAGUUCCACGAAGUCUUCGCCUUUAACAAGGAUCGUCUCCAAGGAAACGUCUUGGACGUUGCUGUGAAGGCCAACGAAGAAGUGAUUAUUGGUAAGUGCAAGUUCGAAGUUGCUGAGAUUCCGACGCGUGUCCCUCCGGACAGUCCAUUGGCUCCUCAGUGGUAUAGAUUAGAAGACAUCAACGGGAACAGGUUCGGAGGAGAGGUUAUGCUGUCUGUUUGGAUGGGGACACAAGCUGAUGAAGUGUUCCCUGAAGCUUGGCAUUCAGAUUGCGUUACCGUGAAUGGAGACAACGCAGUGAUCGCACGGUCUAAAGUUUAUCUAUCUCCGAGGCUUUGGUAUCUGCGUGUGAACAUCAUCGAGGCUCAAGAUUUGGUUCCGUUACAAGGAAACAGAACCAAUCCGGAGAUUUUAGUGAAAGGGUUUUUAGGGAACAUUGUCGUGAGGAGUCGGGUGUCUCAGACACGAACCUUGAGUCCGGUUUGGAACGAGGAUAUGAUGUUUGUUGCGGUUGAGCCUUUUGAAGACAGCUUGAUACUUAGCUUGGAAUGCAAGUUAGGUCAAAACGAAGAGUGUUUAGGGAAAUGUGAGAUAAAGUUAUCUCAAGUUGAGAGAAGGGUAAUGCCGGAUACUGUGCCGGCUAUGUGGUACAACUUGGAACGCGUCGUGGACUCAGUGGUACAGGGAUUCGCGGGGAGGAUUCAUUUGCGGGUUUCGUUGGACGGAGGUUACCAUGUUCUUGACGAGUCUAUUCAGUAUAGCAGCGAUUAUAGAGCUUCUGCGAAAAUUUUAUGGACUCCAGCGAUCGGUGUGUUGGAGCUUGGUGUCAUCAGUGCGUCUGGUUUGAUGCCUAUGAAGUCACGUGAGGGCCGAGGAACCACUGAUGCGUAUUGUGUGGCCAAGUACGGGCAGAAGUGGGUGAGAACGAGGACGAUUGUCGAUACUUUUAGCCCGAAAUGGAACGAGCAGUAUACUUGGGAGGUUUAUGAUCCUUACACCGUUAUCACCAUUGGGGUUUUCGACAACAUGCAUCUAUUAGUACCAGGAAACACGAAUGGUCCUAGAGAUUCAAGAAUCGGUAAGAUACGGAUACGUUUGUCCACGCUCGAAACGGAACGGAUCUACACGCAUUCGUAUCCACUCAUUGUUUUGAAACCAGACGGUGUGAAGAAAAUGGGUGAAAUUCAGCUCGCGGUUCGAUUCUCAUGUACUUCAACGAUCGAUAUGCUUCAGAAAUACUCAGAGCCGUUGCUGCCUAUGAUGCACUACUUAACUCCAUUGUCAAUCUACCAGCUAGACAGUCUUAGGCAUCAAGCAACUCAUAUACUUUGUAUGAACCUAGGCCGGACCGAGCCGCCGCUAGGGAGAGAUGUGGUUGAGUAUAUGCUUGAUUUCGGAUCCAACAUUUGGAGUAUCAGAAGAGGAAGAGCGAAUUUCGAACGUCUUGUGACAUUCUUCACUGCGUUUCUUGAUGCUUGGGUUUGGUUUGAUUCGGUUUGCAAAUGGAAGAGUCCGGUAACAACGAUUCUUGCACAUUUUAUCUUCUUGUUCAUUGUGUUUCUCCCUAAGUAUUGUGUCACCUCUCUGCUGCUGUACUGCUUUGUGAUUGGGUUUUAUCGGUAUCGGUUGAGACCGAGGCAUCCUCCUCACAUGGAUAUAAAGCUGUCUAAAGCGGAUUCGGCUUUACCUGAUGAGCUAGACGAGGAGUUUGAUGGGUUCCCGAGUGGGAAAUCUGCAGAUUUGGUGAAGAAAAGGUAUGAUAGGUUAAGAGGAAUCGCAGGGAGGAUGAUGAUGGUUUUAGGAGACUUGGCUACUCAGGGAGAGAGAGUUAAGAAUCUGUUGAGCUGGAGAGAUCCUAGGGCAACGUUUCUGUUUUCGAUGUUUUGUUUGGUUGCUUGUGGAGUGAUCUUCUUAAUCUCCAUGAAACUGCUGAUGACUUUGCUUGCCUUCUACGUCAUGAGACACCCUAGGCUCAGGAUUUUUGAUAUUCCUUCGGUUCCUCAAAACUUCUUUAGGAGAUUGCCUUCAAGAGCUGAUAGUAUGUUGUGAUCUUUUUUUGUUUCAUUUUUAUUAUGCUUUGAUUUCUUUUAAUUUUGAGAC